UGAUGUUUAUAUAAUUAUUGAAAAUGGAUGUCAAAAAGAUGCUAAAAGUCCUCGAAUCCAUACCUGACGAUUCCUUCGAAAGAACAAUCUUCUACUUGAGUGCGAACCUCCAAAACUGUUUAAAGAUGCAAUCAAUGCAAAGCUAUAGGCUCACAUGUGCUUACUUCAUCAUUGGAAGCCUCAGCUUACUCAAGGUGUUCGAUGACCAAGAACAAAUCGACAAACUGCCCUUCACGAAGGAACAGAUUAUUGAUUGGGUCUAUUCCUUCCAGAUCGAAGAUGAAAAUUCUGAAAACGAUUCUGAUCAAGAUGAAAGUGAUUCAGCACUAGAUCACAAUUACCAUGGAUUCAGAGGAGAUGACUUUUAUAGUAUCAAGAAAGAUAGCAAAAGCCAAACUCAUAUACAUCAAGGAGAUUUCCCACAUUUGGCUAAUACCUAUUCUGCAAUUUGUGUACUCAAGAUGCUUGGAGAUGACCUCUCAAGAGUAAACUGAGAGCAAAUAAUACAAUCACUUAAGUAUUUUCAGAAAGAGGAUGGCCGAAUCCAAUGCUUGCCAGUUGACUCAGAAGAUGAUGUAAGGUUUGCCUAUUGAGCAGCAGCGAUUCAUAAGAUGAUGGCAGAGAAGUUAGGAGAUCUCGACAUUCCUCCUAGCUUUGAUGUUGACAAAAUGAUAGAGUUCUACAAAAAUUGUCUCUCCUAUGAUGGAGGUUUUGGAUGGUUCCCAGAGUCUGAAUCCCAUGCAGGAUUGACUUAUUGCUUAUUGGGAGCCUUUAAGUGUCUUGGGCGAUUAGAUGAUUUAUCUGAUGAUAAGGAAAGAAUCAUCGAGUGGCUAGUAUCAAGGCAGUGAAUGGAAACCAAUGGAUUUCAAGGAAGAGUCAAUAAAAUACCAGAUACAUGCUAUUGAUUCUGGAACUCCGCAAGCUUAGCUAUUCUUGAUAACACAUUCCCUACAGAAUUUGUACAUAAAGAAAGCAUAACAGAGUUCUGUGAAGACUGCAAGAGAUUUGGAGGAUACGCCAAACUAGUAUUUUCCGAAUUUCCAGACAUAGUACACACUUACUACACCCUAGCUUUCUAUUCCCUCAUAGAAGACGAGAGGCUAAACAAACUAGACCCUCUACUCGCCAUUCCCCAGACUAAGCUCAUGCUUCCUACCUAACUCCUCCCUACAAA